AUGAUGGAGUCCUGUGAUUGUAUAGAUACGCAGUAUCCGCCGGAUGAACUUCUUGUCAAGUAUCAGUAUAUCUCGGAUGUUCUAAUUGCUCUUGCUUAUUUUUCGAUUCCGGUGGAGCUCAUCUAUUUUGUUCAAAAGUCUGCUUUCUUUCCGUAUAGAUGGGUGCUUAUGCAGUUUGGUGCUUUUAUUGUCCUCUGUGGAGCAACUCAUUUCAUAAACCUGUGGACUUUCUCUCCGCACUCCAAAGCUGUUGCUGUUGUCAUGACUAUUGCCAAAGUGUCAUGUGCUAUUGUGUCUUGUGCGACUGCUCUGAUGCUUGUGCACAUUAUUCCUGAUCUGUUGAGUGUUAAAACUCGUGAAUUGUUCCUCAAGAACAAGGCUGAGGAGCUUGAUAGGGAGAUGGGGCUUAUUCUUACUCAGGAAGAGACUGGAAGACAUGUUAGAAUGUUGACUCAUGAAAUUAGGAGCACACUUGACAGGCAUACAAUUUUGAAGACUACUCUUGUGGAGCUGGGGAGGACUUUAGGCUUGGAGGAAUGUGCAUUAUGGAUGCCUUCCAGAAAUGGUCUGAAUCUGCAACUUUCCCAUACCUUAACCUACCAUGUACAAGUUGGGUCUACAGUGCAAACAAACAAUCCUAUUGUCAAUGAAGUUUUCAAUAGUCCUCGAGCUAUACGGAUUCCACCCACCUGUCCACUGGCCCGGAUCAGACCUCUUGUGGGAAGAUAUGUGCCGCCUGAAGUUGUUGCUGUUCGGGUGCCGCUUCUAAAUUUGUCCAAUUUUCAAAUUAAUGACUGGCCCGAUAUGUCAGCCAAAAGCUAUGCAAUCAUGGUUCUCAUUCUCCCUACUGAUAGUGUUAGAAAAUGGCGAGACCAUGAGUUGGAACUUGUUGAUGUGGUAGCAGAUCAGGUAGCAGUUGCCCUUUCUCAUGCUGCUAUUUUGGAGGAAUCUAUGCGAGCCCGUGAUCAACUCAUGGAGCAGAAUCUUGCUUUAGAUUUGGCUCGGCAAGAGGCAGAGACGGCAAUUCAUGCUCGCAAUGAUUUUCUUGCUGUUAUGAAUCAUGAAAUGAGGACACCAAUGCAUGCAAUCAUAGCAUUGUCGUCGCUACUCUUGGAGACUGAGCUGACUCCGGAGCAGAGGGUUAUGAUAGAGACAGUGUUGAAGAGUAGUAACGUUUUGGCAACACUCAUUAAUGAUGUUCUAGAUCUUUCUCGACUUGAAGAUGGUAGCCUCGAAUUGGAAAUGGGAAAGUUCAACCUUCAUGGUGUUUUGGGAGAGAUUGUUGAACUGAUUAAGCCAAUAGCAUCUGUGAAAAAAUUACCUAUUACUUUAAUUCUGGCUCCUGAUCUGCCUACUCAUGCCAUUGGAGAUGAAAAGCGGCUAACACAAACACUUCUGAAUGUGGUGGGUAAUGCUGUCAAAUUCACCAAGGAGGGUUAUGUUUCUAUAAGAGCAUCUGUUGCAAAACCAGAAUCUUUGCAAGAUUGGCGACCUCCAGAGUUUUAUCCAACAUCAAGUGAUGGUCAUUUCUACAUACGAGUCCAGGUUAAGGACUCCGGAUGUGGGAUUCCCCCACAAGAUAUUCCUCAUCUCUUUACCAAGUUUGCUCAGUCUCGGAGUGGACCGGCUCGACCUAGCAAUGGUGCUGGCCUUGGGCUUGCUAUUUGUAAAAGAUUUGUAAACCUAAUGGGAGGUCACAUAUGGAUUGAGAGCGAGGGCCCUGGCAAAGGAAGCACAGCUACGUUUAUAGUCAAACUUGGGAUUUGCGGUAAUACAGAUCCAUCAGAUCAUCCGGCUACAAACAGAAGCCAAGCAUAUAGUGGAAGUGGCGGCCUGGCCAGAUUUAAACCCUUCAUCAAAGAUGAAGACGACACUGGUUUUUCAACUAGGCGCAAUCAAAGAAGUUUCUAG